AGGGUGGCAUCACGAAAACUGGGACGUAGGCUGAAUAGCUCGGGCUCCGGACUGCAGUCUGGGGUGCGGGAGCGUCUCCGGUGCUGUGGACCGGGGCCGCGCCUCCCUCCCGGCCUUCCGGUCUUUCUUGCCAGCUGGGCCGGAAGGGAACGGUGCACCUGCAGCCCAGUGUUCUCAGGCCCUCAGGCUCAAGAGGUUCAGGCUCAUUGGGGUCCCUCACCGUGAUCUGACGCGGGAAAAAGGUCUUGUCACCCACGGAGAGCUGAAGUACCGACGACUUGGACCUCAGCCCCAGGCUUCUGCUGUGGAGGACAAAAUCCUUAACUGUCCUGAGCGGACGUCCUGUUAGAGGGUGGCGCCUGGAUGAGCCUGGGGUAAUGCAAUGAGGACGGUGUUGCAGUUCUUCAGAAACGAGUUGAUAGGACUGUAAACUGAGGAGGUGACAAAAAUGAUCCACAGUCUAUUUCUCAUCAACUGUUCCGGUGACAUAUUUCUAGAGAAGCACUGGAAGAGUGUUGUGAGCCAGUCUGUCUGUGAUUAUUUCUUUGAAGCUCAAGAGAAAGCAGCUGAUGUUGAAAAUGUACCACCUGUUAUUUCAACACCUCACCACUACCUCAUCAGUAUCUAUCGGGAUAAGCUCUUCUUUGUCUCUGUCAUACAGACUGAAGUGCCACCUCUCUUUGUAAUUGAGUUCCUACAUCGAGUUGCUGAUACUUUUCAGGACUACUUUGGUGAGUGUUCGGAGGCUGCAAUUAAGGAUAAUGUGGUCAUAGUAUAUGAGCUCUUGGAAGAAAUGUUAGACAAUGGAUUUCCACUGGCUACUGAAUCUAACAUUUUGAAAGAAUUGAUUAAACCACCAACAAUUCUGCGUUCUGUCGUCAACUCUAUUACAGGCAGUAGUAAUGUUGGGGACACACUCCCCACUGGGCAGCUGUCCAACAUCCCAUGGCGCCGAGCAGGGGUAAAGUACACAAACAAUGAAGCCUAUUUUGAUGUCGUUGAAGAAAUAGAUGCAAUUAUAGAUAAAUCAGGAUCUACAGUCUUUGCAGAAAUUCAGGGGGUAAUUGAUGCUUGCAUUAAGCUAUCUGGAAUGCCUGACCUUUCCCUUUCUUUCAUGAACCCGAGGCUUCUAGAUGAUGUCAGCUUCCACCCCUGCAUCCGGUUCAAGCGUUGGGAAUCUGAAAGAGUUUUGUCAUUUAUUCCUCCAGAUGGAAACUUCCGACUCAUAUCAUAUCGUGUCAGCUCACAAAAUCUAGUGGCAAUACCAGUAUAUGUGAAACAUAGCAUCAGUUUUAAGGAGAACAGUUCUUGUGGUAGAUUUGAUAUUACAAUUGGACCAAAGCAAAAUAUGGGGAAAACUAUUGAAGGAAUCACAGUGACAGUUCACAUGCCAAAGGUUGUGUUGAAUAUGAACCUGACACCAACACAAGGCAGCUAUACAUUUGAUCCAGUUACCAAGGUACUAACGUGGGAUGUGGGAAAAAUCACUCCACAAAAGCUCCCCAGUCUUAAAGGACUGGUAAAUUUACAAUCUGGAGCACCCAAGCCAGAAGAGAAUCCAAGCCUCAACAUACAGUUCAAGAUCCAGCAGCUUGCCAUUUCAGGCUUAAAAGUAAACCGCUUGGACAUGUAUGGGGAGAAAUACAAGCCAUUUAAAGGAGUCAAAUACGUCACGAAAGCUGGAAAGUUCCAAGUGAGGACAUGAGAAGAGGCCAGAAUUCCUCAAGAUAUGUUUGUUUUCCAAGUGUCAUUACAGUUUAUUACCAUUAGGUACCAAUUGGAUGGGAAUACAUAUUCUAGUUAAAGCAUUUGUGUCGAGCCACACACCGCUAACAAAGUUGCUUAGUAAUCAGUGUAGGGUUCUUAAGGAGCUUUAAGCUAAGGAAACUUCUGAGUGACUUAGCUUAUUUGUAUCUCGUCACUUAGGAAGAUUUUAGAGGUGAUUUCCUCCAUAGGGAGACACCAGCUAGAGGCUGCAUAUUUUAACAGUCAAGGCAAAAGUCUACAGUGAUAACCUCUCUCCUAAAACAAGUGAGCUGGUCUCAGCAGGAGCUCUCUUAGUCUGUAAUGAGAUGUAUCAAGUGCAGCCAAAUGUCACACUUGAUCUUAGCCAUCCCACAUCUUCUGUCCCAACACAGGAAAAAUUCCUCCCACCCCAAGAAGUUUACAGAAAACUGCCUCUUCAAGUGUUUGCCUUAUUCAGCUUUUCACUUAUGCCAUUAAGCAAGCACUGUAGCAAAAGCCACUCCACAUGGCCCUGGCAGGGAGCACUGCUGCUCCAUGCUCCAUUCUCACUAUACUUGGUAUUGUAUUUUUUAUAAAUAAGAUUUUUAUGUAAAGCUCAGAUUUUGAUUUAUAGGGACGUUGCUGCAGUAAGUACCAUCUCAGUUUUGUGCCACUUGAUUCAGCUGUUAGCACAGUAAAAAUGAUUUGUAUCAAAGGGGUGAAUGCUUUAAGGUAAUAAAAGGGAACACUACUUCUGCUUUUAGGAAGUUAUUGCAAGCACAAGCAUUUGAGAUUUUAAGCAAAUUAAUGUAGUAAAAGAGAAACUUAAGUGAACCUUUGCCAUCUUCAUAUUUUAUAAAGCUUAUCCAACACCACUUAAAACCAGUUAGCCUAAAGACCUCAUGCCCUAGUUCAGCUAAAGGAAGAAAAUGUGCCUGCCUCACUGUUGUCAAUCUUUUUUUUUUAAUCUUUUAUCUCUGUUGUUGUUCUUAAGGGUUUCAACUUGCCUAUACUCCUUGUCUUCAGGGGAACUCCCUUUUCAUAUUGUGUGCUUCCCAAGGCUACAGUCAAUAGAUUCCUUCCUGAAACUGUUGUUGUAACUGUCACUGGAGUACUUAAAUGUCUCUACUGUACUGACAAAGUACAUUAUAAUAAGGCAGAAACAAAAUCCUCAGUAACAUGGAUAAACCUGUAUUGAUCUUCAUGGUCGGCAAGUCAGUCCACAGUUGUUAUCAUUUAACUUGAUUGACUUAAGAAGUCCUUGCCCAGUUAUUUUGCUUCAUUAGACAUGAAGAAUGGAGAAAGUUAAGAUGUAAGUGCUUGUUCUUGCUAUUAGUUUUCUUUGUGACUCCAUUCUUUUCAUUAUCAACUUAUCCCUUACCCUUAUCUUGCUAACCGUAGCCCUUACACUCAUCCCAUUCUGCUGUCAGGGCUAGUGGUUGGUGCUGGUACUAGGAGCCCACUGUACAGCAGCAUUCUUACCUUUGCCUGACUAGGGCACCCAGCCUGCCUUUCAUCUAAUAGGAAAGGUUACUUUUUGCAGCUUAGUAAUUUCUAGGGUAACCAAUAUCAGCUUGGCAGCUAAAAUUAAGAUGUUGCCAAAUACUUAUUCCCUUUGCCUAAGAUUGGUUACCCAGUUCAAUUGCUUUUCAUUUUAAUGUCUUCCUCUUCAAAGUUCAUACCUCAAAAGAGCAAUCAAUACAUUUGCUUUUCUUUCUGCAGAAUCCCUAAUCUCAAUCAUCCACAUAUGGACUAAUUUUCUUUCUGUGAUAUCUUCUCAUAUACAAGCAGAUUGUAUGCCAAGAGUCCCUUGCUUCUAGCAAUUUCUGCUAAAACUUCCAAGUAGACUGUUUUCCUUUUACAAUUAAAUUAUUGUAUUUAUUAAUUUGAUUGAAUCCAGUAAGUCCUUUCUUUAGCUCUGGCUACACUGUCAAUAAAAAGAUGAAAGCAACAAGUUGAUUUUUUAGCUU